AUGGAAUUGAAAGUCAAACUGAAUAAUAAUGAGCUGUGGGAAGAAUUCCAUAAACGAACAACAGAAAUGAUAGUGACCAAGACUGGAAGGAAAAUGUUCCCGAAGCUCGAAUAUUCUAUCUUAGGCAUGGACCCUGAUCUUUCAUAUGGCUUGGUGCUGCAGAUAGAACAAGUCGAUGACAAUAGGUACAAAUUCAGUAAUGGCGAAUGGAAAAGCUGUGGACGUGGAGAAGUUCAAGCUGGAAGCCUUUGCUCCAUCGCUCAUCACGACGGUGUGAUGAAAGGAGAGCAGUGGAUGAAGCAACUGAUUCAUUUCGAGCGAGUAAAGAUCACCAACAAUCCUCUGGAUACCAACCCUAGCCAUGUAUAUCUUCAAUCUAUGCACAAAUAUAUUCCUGUUCUAUCCGUUUAUCAAUUAUCGCCAUUAUCCUCAGAUACUCCUUUCCUCUCCACUACCUCAACGGCUCAUAAAUUGGUUUCGCGAUUCCGUCUCGAAUCAACAGAGUUCAUUGCCGUGACAGCAUAUCAAAAUGAAAAAAUCAAAGAUCUCAAAAUUGAACACAAUCCCUUCGCCAAAGGUUUUCGUGACGGAGGAGAUAGAAAGAGGAUAUCAUCAGCAGCUGAUGAUUUGAUAGUGCCUGCCAUCAAGCGAUCACCACCCUCUCCCUUAACAUCAGUCGGAGCAGCCGCAUUAGGAACAUCAGCAGUAACAUUCAGUUCUCCCAUUAUGCCAGUUAUGAAUCCAUUAUGGUAUUCCUAUUGGAAUCCCUAUAUAUUCAAUCCCAUGCUCUCUCCUUAUCGCUUUGAUUUAACUAAGCAAUGA